AUGCUCCCAGCCCUUGGAAGCUCAAGAAGCCAUUCCGGUGGUGAGAAUGCUUUGCAGCAGACUGCAAGCAUGCAGGGUCGAUCCCCAGAGUCGCGACUGCUUCGCGCGAUGAGUGGCGAAAGCCACCCAGAUGCUGAGGCCGAGCUUCCGUUCUUCGUGGCAGAGUUGCCUGAGGGGAAGCGCUUGGGAAACCUCAUCGCGGUCUGCACACAGAUCGGUGUUCGCCUUGGUGGCCUGCACGGCUUUGUGGAGAUCGACACCGAUCCUCCUCAUCUGCACCGUGCUGGCAGGAAGUGUAGGCUGCAUGAGCAGCGUCACAUAUUGGGCUGCCGUGGCACAGCGGCCCGCCUCCUGCGUCCGCGGGAUGAGUGUUGGCAUGACCCUGGGCGGACUGCUCGCCACAGGCUUUGCCGCACUGCCGGACAAGGUGCAGCUUUCACCGCAAGAAGCUGUGGCCAGGGAAGCCAGAAUGGCCACGCAACAAACGGCAACGGUACGGCCGCUUCUGAUUGCGAAACUUCGAAGCCGCCUAUGCCAAGGAUUGCGAAAUUCUUGAUGGCUGGUUGCUUCCUGGUUUAUGCCACCACCUACACCAUGCCCACGCUGAUGCCCUUUAUGGCCGGCCAUUUCACCAGCGCCACCGAGAGCCAGCAGUUGCUGCUGUUUAUGCAGGUGCUGCAGAAUUCAGGCGAUGUUGUCGGGCGAUUGGCAACAGCUCUCGUGCAAGGGAACAAGAUUGUUCUCCUGACGUGGAUGCUGCUUCUGACGGCUUCUUUCUCCGCAUGCCUGCUGACGUCUGUGUACGACACAUCAAUGUGGUUCAGCUAUAGUUUCGCGGUAUUCAUCUUGCCCGCAAUAUGUGGCUUGUUCUAUUUUUCCCGCGGAUUACUGGUUACGACCAUGUAUCUCUAUGCUCGCGGCCUUGGGCAGCAGGAAAUGGUCCAGGAGAUCACCGAAAACAUGGGAUUCUGCGGCCAGAUGGGUGCCCUUAUUGCCAAUGUUGCAGCUUUUGCUCCCUGGCAGAGGUCUGCAUCGUGUUUUUACUUUCCGACCUCAGUGUACUUGGGCCCGGUGGUUCCGCAAGAUGACGAUCGCAUCGAGAAAAAAGAUUGGCAUAGUGCUAAAGGGUCCACCACAUCUUCAGAGGACAAACUUUUGUGGCUGUAG